AUGAAGGUAAUUAAGACAUUUCCUACGUGUAUUUUAGGCCUUGGGCCCCAUUUACACGGCACCAGACAAAUUUUUGUCCGCAUAAAAAUUCGUAAUCAUACGAAUAUUUGUCCACAUUGGCCUCCCGUUUACUGACGACAAAGCAUCAGCACAUCAUGAUGCAUAUGUAAAUUAGAUUAGCUGUUUGUUUGUUCGGUACAACUUCGAAAAUUGUUGUACAUCACUAACAACAUUGUUGACAACUUGUUUUGGUGUGGUGUAAACGGGGCCUUAAUAUAACAACAUUGUUGACAACUUGUAAAAAUGAUAUCGACAGCUUGAACAACCUUGUUCAAGCUGUCGAUAUCAUUUUUACGCCUGUAUAGACAUUUACUGAGACGAUCAAAAGCGUUUUGCAAGUCGAGAUUGUUCAGUCGGCCGAGAUUUACAUUCUCUGACCUGAAGUCUACAUAUCUACAGCCAUACAGGAAGUUCUAUAAUUGACAUACACAUACGCAGGAGAUCUUGACAAGUCCUUGAGUUUUGGAUUUUACUCCACGAAGAGAAUAUAUUUGUCAGGCCCGUAUUGCGUGGAAAUGAAGGCAGAACAUAUUUGAGAAUGGCUGCAUUUGCCGUUGACUUCAUGGCAGUAUUAAUUUACAGUACUAAAUUGCGUUCUUAUGUAUGAAGCUUGCUCUCUAUAGCUCAGUACAUUUCAGUUGAAAUAAAUGCAUUAGAGAUUUUUUGAAAUAUUAAUAUAUUAUAUGAGUAAUAUGAAGAUUAUUUGAAAUAUUAUAUUUGUUAAUGGCUUUAUAUAUAAACGUAUUGAAUUUCUUUCUAUUACAGAUUACAAAAAGUCAAAAAAGGAAGAUAUUUAGAAUAAGCUUUAUUUUUACCUGCCUUCUUGGCUUGGCCCCUUCGUUCACACAAGGUAUGGUAGUUUGCAUGAGGGUAUACAAAUAAAGCCCUGCUCUAUGAAUUUUCAUUCCUUGGUCAAACGAGAAACAGAGUUGCAUGACAGUUGAUAUAGUUACCGCAAAAACUCUCGCCGAGGUAUUUCGUUAUGCCAUUCAGUUGGAAUGUACAAAGGCCAACAGACAUUAAACUCGAAGAGCUACGAAUGUCCUUGACCAAACCCGACGGGGAUUUACAUGGUUUUACCAGUAAAAUUCCGGACUGAGGAUACUCAAUUUAUCGGAAAGAUAGAUGCCGAAAGUUUGGUGGAGGGAUAGUUUCGUAUAUGUCAACAAAAAUUUAAAGGUAGAUAAGAAAUUGAAUCUUGAAACUGUGACACAGAAAUGGGCAUAACUAUAGCAGACCUGCCAACUCUCACGGAUUUCCCGUGCGACUCACGAAUUCAGGCGAUCUCACGGACUCACGGAAAUAUUUUCAAAUCUCACGGAUUCACGAUUUUGAAAUUUUAACCACCACUAGACUUUAAAAUGGGAGUGAUUGAUGUGAAAUAAAACUAGCCAUUGACGGUAAUUCUAAUUGGUAAAGAAUCCCCAACACUAUUAGUAUUUAGUUACUCGUUACUAAGUAGCAGUCUAAGACUGGUACUCCGCCAUUUUGAAUAACCUAAAUGACAUCAUCCCACAUUGAGGAACUUGAUUUAAUUUACCCCCUCCUAGGAAUUUUCAAGGUUGAAAAUGCGGGUCAUGGUUGAAAAUCAUCCCCUUCCUCUGUAAUUCCAAGGUUCCUCAACAGGGGUGUGUGCGAUAAAAAUUGGAAUAGUAUCCCGAAUUAGUAAGAUACACUCGUAUAGACUAAGACCAUGCAGGUUGAAUUUUUAUGUAAACUGUUGAGUUAAUUAAAGUUUUAUUUUGGAGGACAGUAAUUAAAAAUUGCUAUGUCACAGAACAUAGAUCAGGCAUCGACAGGCAAUGAUUACAGUAAUUGUCUUAUCCAAAAUUACCCCAGAUUUUCAGUGUUUUAUUGCCAGAAAUAAGAGAUCAAUCUCAAGAAAUUUUUUAUCAGAUCUCCAGAUUCGUUGCUGUUGGAGGUUGGCAGGUCUGCUAUAGAGUUGAUGUGGCUACGUGGCCACGUUGUACAUUUUUUUUUACUGUGUAGAUAGCAAGUGAAGUAUUUUUAUCGUUAGUCUACAUGCUAUAAAGACGUUUCGUGCCGUGGUUAGGCUCAGUGAUUUUGUUUUUCACGAUGUUACUAAUGAUGUCGUGAGUGCUUUAAUGACAUUCAGUCUUGAAACGUUUGCGCCGUUGAAAACAAAGUGAGUGAAAAGACGAAUGCAGCCAAAGUGGUUCACUAAUGGACAUGGCACUAACUGAGAUUAAAAAAAAGAGAUAAACUACAGGGUGUCCCAAAACUAUUGAAAUAAUGUUUUGUUAGAAUUUGAAUGCCCUAGCAUUAAAUGGAACAUAAUAAGCUGAAUAUUGACAGGGUACAUACUCAUAUAUUAAAUAUCGAUUAAGAAAUUAAAACAUCUUUGUAAAGCGUACUUGGGAAUUUUCUGAUGACUCAAAUAAAACGUACCGUUCAAUAUCGGUCCUUCUAAAGUUUUUGAAAAAUAUAUUACGCUAAAUUUACAUAAGCCCCUGAGGACAAAUGGCCUACUACAUAAGUUCCAGUCUGGAUUUUGACGUAAUUUUCCCACAGAAACCGCCCCUGUUGCUCUGGUUGAUCAACAAUCAACAGUUUCACCUCUUGAACUUGGCGUGCCACAAGGAUCGGUUGUGGGUCCGUUACUGUUUCUAAUUUUCAUAAAUGUUCAGUUCCGACUUCACUCACUCGAUCAAUUGCUGAUGUUUUUUGCUGAUGAUACAACCUUAAGCCAAUCGUGUUAUCACUCGGAUGUAUUUUGUGAAUUAAAUAACAAUUUACAGACUGAGUUUAAUUAACCGUGUAUAUCCCCAAGAUUGGCAAGAAAAUACAAAUUCAAAACUGUAUACAAAAACUAAAGACAAAAACUCUGGUCGACUCUCAUCCAACUACCUCAAAGUUGUUUAAGUUCUAAAUAAGAGUGCUUGGCUGAGAGUUGAUGACAGUUUGCGUUGAAAUGCGAGCGAUUGUUGUAACUCUCAUCAAAUCUCGUCUUCUUUCAAACGAAGACACCAAUAACACUGAUUCAUGAGACCAGAAUGAAAAUCGAAAUUUUCAGUACGUUCACAUGAGACCGAUAUGAAUAUCACAAAUCUUUCAAUUUAUUCGCCCACCUUUUUCCUUUUUCUAGUGCUUUUGUGAGCAUGCAUUUUGUUCCAAAGCCAGGAGCACAGCCAAGGCCGGUCUGAAAUGUAUUUGUGUUUACACUCAUCCCGCUCCAAAUUCAUCUCGGUCUGAAGAUAGUCGGUUCGGUCCAGUGAGCGGGAUGACUUCAAACCGGUUUCAGCAAUUUUUCGCCCAGGUCUCAUGAAAACAUUUAUUAUAAAUAAUAUCGUCUGGAGUUACUAGUUAAGGGCCUUCGCUCGAAACGUCGAAAUUCUCCUUAUAUUUUUCAGGUAGUUGCAUCCCUACAAACGAAAGCUUGUUUAUAUUAUUGACACAAUGAAAUCGUCCCGGUUUGACUUGUCCAGGUCUCAUGUUACAAUUUAUAUACUAAUAUAAAUUAUUCUGCUACGCUCUAAUGUUUUCAGGUAAUGAAUGGCCAAGUGUUAGUUUUGGUCUUCCUAGACCUAAAUCAGGAUGUCCAGGUGAUCAGAAGAAUGGGUGGCGUGAGGGAUGGAGGUUUCAGGAUUUGGAUGACAGUGAUAAGAGUAGCAGUGAGCGAUCAAGAGUAUCUAAUGGGUCACAUAUGGAUGUCACAUUAGUUGGAGAUAAAAAAGAUGUAAACAGGACAUUCUGCAUGAAACAAAAUAAUGGAACACAAACAAGAUUUUGGCCUAAAGGUAAGGUUUUCUAUAUGCAUACACUGAAUACCUAUGAAACAGCCAUGCAUAUGUUACAGUAUGAACUCUAGGGAUUCUGCAAGAGGCAUUUCGAUACAAAUUGGAUGACUGAAUGGCAUGGAGGAGAAUAGAACAAUGGGAUUUUCAAAACAAUGAAAACACAAUGUCAUUGAAACUUUCCGACCACCCUGGGUUGUGAUUUGAUGGCACAAUUCUUAUUCUAAGUGUUCUUUACAGAAUACCAUCAUAACUAAGCAGGCCUUAAAAUAUCGGUCGGUCACGGACAUUGUCCGACCCAUUCGUGAAAUUGUCCGACGUAGAGAGGAAACCACCGGACAUUCUGUCCGACCUAAGUGAAACUGAGGUUUAUUGUUUGUCCGACCUGAGUGUAUUUGUGUCCGACCGAACUGUAGCUUUGUCCAACGUAAAUCAAAAUGUACCCUAGCCCAGGACUAGAGGCUUGUAUGUUAAAUGGAAAAUCAGAGUACUAUUGUAUAAAAGGUGAACUGGAAAUGUUGUUUUAACGUAGUCGAGCGCGGGGCGGCGAACGAAAUGGUGAAGUGGAAAAAUGGCUUAAGUUGUCGAAGUCUUUUUUAGUACUGCUGUUCUGGAAAGCAAGUUAAUUUUAGCUUGGAAAUAAGUAUGAAAGAAACAAAAUUUAACUUUCUUCACAACAUUUACAGUACAGAAUUAAUACAUUGUGCUCACAUUCAUUCGUGUCAUUCAGACUUAUUUCCGAGUCAAAACUGAACUGAAGGUCAUCGGACAUAUGUCCGACCCAAACUCAAUGUCACCGGACAUUUUGUCAGACGGUCCUGUGAAAGAUAUUUUAAGGCCUGCAUAACUAAUGCCUCAAAAUAUUUACUGCAGUCGUUACUGUAAGAAAAAGGGAACCUCCACUCUCAUGCCACCAGAAUGAGGCAUGCAUGCAUGCCAUUUCUCAUGCCUUCAGAAUAAUUUUAUAAUAAUAUCUCCAUUCCUCAUGCCAUCAGAAUGAUUUUUUUUCAAAUCAAAAUGAUUUAUUUAUGUUGUAUACGUUUUUUGAAUGAUUUCCCCUCGAAAAUGUAUUUUUGUUUUGACAGGUUCAUAUUGUAUUUACAAGAGUGGAACGUGUCCAAAAGGUAUGACAUCAGGCUGGGUACACUGGGAUGAUGGAGAUCAUGAUAACCACUCAAAUAGUAAAAGAGACCCUCUACCAGAUGGUUCAUAUGAUAGAGAUACCAGGAUAUUUUAUUGUUGUCAAACUGAUGGUAACUGGUAUGAUUCAAUUGAACUGCCAGUCAGUCAACCAUUUUAUUUAUUAACAUCUAACUCUACUGACACUCCUAAAUGUCAGAUGGUGAAGUGGGCAUUUAGUUACUUGGAGUAUAUUGUGUUUGAUACAGAAGAUAACAAUAAUAAAGAUGACCAGGGAGGGGAACAUUUGUUUUUGGAUGGAGACAAGAAAUAUUAUUGUUACUAUGAAGGUAAGUUAAUGUAACUCAGUUCGUUGUGCAAACUGAACAUUCAAAUAACGCUUUCUACAAUCAGGAAAAAAAUUGCAUUUGAAUCAUAUAACAUGUACGAUAGCUAAGGAUGGAAGUUUUAAAAUGUACAUUUCAAAGUAUUCAACUGUUUAAUAAUCUUUUAUGACAUAUAUGCUAACAAUUUAAACACUGUCUGAAUUGAUUGUGCAUGCAUUUUUGGGCAGAGCUCAUAUUUAAGCCUGAUAAUUGUCUAGUAUAACCCAGGUUGAAAUUCUUUGGCUCUGAGAUUAUGAAAUUAUGAAAUAAAUUUGAGUCAGAACAAUGAGUGAUGGCAUGGAGAACAGUGGGAUUUUCAAAAUAAUGAAAAGAUGAUGGAAGUAUGGAACAUUCCAAUUACUGGAUCAUACUUUACUGGACAGUACUAAUAUUACGAUAAAUGAUACAAGCAAGCUGUCUAGAUUUUAGCUUUGAUUUUUAAGAUCCUUUAAUUCUAUUCCAGACUGCCGCCGUACAAUGACUGGUCCUAGUGGUUCAUUUAGAUCACAUAAGGCUGCAGUUAGUGAGAUGGAUCCACGCUCGCAAUAUUGUUCCUGGUUAAUUACGUUUGCUGAAACAUACAACGUGUCAUUGAGCUUUAAAGAGCUCACCAUACCAAGUUGCAAUGAUACAUUUCUAAGAAUAUAUGAUGGUCCAAAUAACACAGCUCCAUUGCUUGGCACAUAUUGCGGUUCAAAUGCGAGCACAGAAAUCGUGGUUUCAUCAUCCACAAAUAGUUUAUACAUCGUGUCAAAUUCUGGAAGUGCUAAAAAUAUUUUUGCUUUUCAUGCACAAUAUGGUGCGAAUUUGACAGGUUGGUAUAGUUGUAUUGGUAAUAAAUUAAUAAUUCUAACGUUGUUAACCUGGCCGUAUACCAGAUAAUGAUAUUAUUCGGAUUCUGGAUCCCGACUCGUGAAUUCCAGAUUCCGACUGGUAGAUUCUUCAUCUUUACUUGUGGAUUGCGAAUUGCAUCCUCAUAAAAGUCAAUGGAUUCCUUUAUCUGGAUUCCGGAUUCUAUCAUCAAACUGGACUCCAUAUCCUACUGUGUGGAUUCUGGAUUCAGUUACUUCGCCCUACAACCCCUCCCUGUCGCCUUUAUAUGGGAAAUUUCAGAGAUCUCGCUAGGGAUAUUUAGAAUUCGCUCUAUUUUUUACCUGACUUCUUGGCUUGGCCCCUUCAUUCACACAAGGUAUGGUAGCUUGCAUGAGGGUUAUGCAAAUAAAUCCCUGGUCUAUGAAUUUUCAUUCUCAUUCGCUGGUCGAACGAGAAACAGAGUUGCAUGGCAGUUGAUAGUUACCUAACCUGCUCGCAGACGUUGCUUUUUCGUCGCUUGGCGUGAGAAAUACAACGUCUGCGAGCAGGCUAGUGCAGUUACCGCACGCGUGGCAAAAAUUCUUGUCGACUAUCAUACAACUACCUCAAAGUUGUUCAAGUUAUAAAUAAGAGUGCUUGGCUGACAGUUGAUGAUAGCUGGCGUUGAAAUACGAGCGAUUGUUGCAACUUUCAUCAAAUCUUGUCUUCUUUCAAACGAACACACCAAUAACACUGAUUCAUGAGACCGGAUUGAAAAUCGAAAUUUUCAGUAUGUUCACGUGAGACCGAUAAUCGAUAUGAAUAUCACAAAUCUUUCAAUUUAUUCCCUCCCAGCCAUCUUCCUUUUUACAGUGCUUUUGUGAGCAUGUAUUUUGUUCUAAAGCCAGGAGCACAGCCAAGGCUGGUCUGAAAUGUAUUUGUGUUUACAUACAUCCCGCUCCAAAUUCAUCUUGGUCUGAAGAUAGUCGCUGAAAACAUCUAUUAUAAAUAAUAUCGCCUGGACUCUGGAGUUACUAGUUAAGGGUCUUCGCUUGAAACGUCGAAAUUCUCCUUAUAUUGUUCAGGUAGUUGCAUCACUACCAACGAAAACUUGUUCAUAUUAUUGACAUUGCCUACACUGACCCAGACAGUUCAAGAUUAUACUAGUAACACUCUGACCGAAAUAAAAUCGUCCCAGUUUGACUUGUUCCGAUCUCAUGUGACAACUUAUAUACUUAUAUAAAUUGUUCCAAUUUAAUCUGUAGUAUUGCAAAAACCAUGCUCUAAUGUUUGCAGGUGAUGAAUGGCCAAGAGGUAGCUAUGGUCUUCCUAGACCUAAAUCAGGAUGUCCAGGUGGUAAGGAGAAUGGGUGGGGUGAGGGCUGGAGAUAUCAGGAUAUGCAAGACGAUAAGAGUAGCAGUGAGUGGUCAAGAGUAUCUAGUGGGUCACAUAUGCUGGCUGUCAUAACAAUAAAAGGUGAUAAUAGAGAUGUAAAUAGGACAUUCUGCAUGAAACAAAAUACUGGAAUACAAGCAAGGUUUUGGCCUAAAGGUAAGGUUUUUCUCUAUAUACAGAAUGAUGUUUUUUUAAUCAAAAUGAUUUCUUUAUGUUGUAUACGUUUUUUGAAUGAUUUCCCCUCGAAAUGUAUUUUUGUUUUGACAGGUUCAUAUUGUAUUUACAAGAAUGGAACGUGUCCGAAAGAUAUGGCAUCAGGCUGGGUGGAAUGGGAUGAUGAAGAUAGUGACAACGGAAAUAGUCACGGAGGAUUUCUACCAGAUGGUUCAUAUGAUUAUAAUACCCUGAUAUAUUAUUGUUGUCAAACUGAUGGUCACUGGUAUGAUUCAAUUGAACUGCCUGUCAGUCAACCAUUUUAUUUAUUAACAUCUAGCUCUACUGACACUCCUAAAUGUCAGAUGGUGAAGUGGGCAUUUAGUUACUUGGAGUAUAUUGUGUUUGAUACAGAAGAUAACAGGAAUAGAGAUGCCCAGGGUGGGGAACAUUUGUUUUCAGAUGGAGAUAAGAAAUACUAUUGUUACUAUGAAGGUACGUUAAUAUAACUCAGUUCGUUGUACCAACUGAACAUUCAAAUAACGCUUUCUACACAAUUAGGAAAAAAAUUGCAUUUGAAUCUUUUACAAGAAAGAUUUACAUGUAAAAUGUACACUUGACUUCAAAGUAUUCAAUUGUUUAAUAAUCUUUUAUGAUAUAUGCUAACAAUUCAAACACUGUCUGAAUUCAUUGUGCAUGCAUUUUUGGACAGAGCUUAUAUUUAAGCCAGAUAAAUGUCUAGUAUCAACCCAGGUUGAAAUUCUUUGGUUCUGAGAUUAUGAAAUUAUGAAAUAAAUUUGAGUCAAAAGAACAGUGGGAGUUUCAAAACAAUGAAAAGAAGAUGGAAGUAUGGAACAUUCCAAUUACUGGAUCAUACUUUACUGGACAGUACUAAUGGAUUACGAUAAAUGAUACAAGCAAACUGCCUAGAUUUUAGCUUUGAUUUUUAAGAUCCUUUACUUCUAUUUCAGAGUGCCGCCGUACAAUGACUGGUCUUAGUGGUUCAUUUAGAUCACAUAAGGCUGCAGUUAGUGAGAUGGAUCCACGCUCGCAAUAUUGUUCCUGGUUAAUCACGCUUGCUGAAACAUACAUCAUUUCAUUGAGCUUUAAAGAUCUGACCAUACCAAGUUGUAAUGAUACAUUUCUAAGAAUAUAUGAUGGUUCAAAUGGUGCUGCUCCAUUGCUUGGCACAUAUUGCGGUUCAAAUGCAAGCACUGAAGUUGUGGUUUUAUCAUCCACAAAUAGUUUAUACAUCGUGUCAAAUUCUGGAAGUUAUGAAAGAAGGGCUAAAAAUAUUUUUACUUUUCAUGCACAAUAUAAAGCUACGAAUUCGACAGGUUGGUAUAGUUGUAUUUGUAAUAAGUUAAUAAUUCUAACAUGGCCGUAUACCAGAUAAUGAUAUCAUUCCGGUUCUGGUCCCGACUCGUCCCCCUUCAUUCAAACAAGGUAUAGUAGUUUCCAUGAGGUUAUGCAAAUAAAUCCCUGGUCAAUCAAUCAAUCAAAUCAAAUCAAUCAAAAACUUUAUUAUUGUGUCAAAUAAAUUCUAGUUUACAAAGAAACUAAUUGGGGACACCUACCUAUAUUAACUACUAUUAACUAUAUAAACAGAGUAAAUAUAUUAUAACAAAUAUCUAUAAUUAGUGUCGAUUAAUUGUUGCAUAAAUAGCAAUUAGUACAACUAUUGGAAAUUAAGUCGGCUAUAUCCAUUUGCCGUAUGUGUCUUUUAAACGUAUCUAAGGAUAUAGCCGUUUUUAUGGACUUAUGGAUCUUUGACCAAAUGAACGGGCCCAUAUACCUCAAGCUGUGUUUCCCAUACGUAACCGUGUUAAAUCUAGGUAUGGAGAAAUCACUUACAUUCCUAAGAUUGUAGUUGCUGGUGUUGUGUUUGAAAAGAUUACAUACAUCAGAGGGUGCUAGAUUAUUGUUCACUUUAUACAUAACUAUGGCUAUGUCCUGGAGUCUACGAUUGUACAAUGUAGGAAGUUUGCCUUUCCUUAAGAGAUCUUUAUACGAGCUACUCCUAUCACAAUAUAUGGCCCUAAGUGCUCGCUCUUGUAAUCGCUCUAUUUUCCUUCUGUCUGAUGACAAACAGUGAUGCCAUACUAUGUGACAGUAGGUUAUUUGGGGUAGUAUAAAAGCUUUAAAGAUUCUUAAUUUGGCUUCAGUCGGUAUCAAGUUCCUAAACCUCAUAAGUAUCCCCACCUUUUUCCCUCCCUUACUACAUAUAUCUCUAAUGUGUUUCACAAACUUUAAUUCAUCGUCUAUAGCAAUCCCUAAUAGGUUUAUGAUUGAAGUUGAACGAAUAUUAGCGUCUAUCAUAUCGCAGGUCAAACUAAAAAUAUUUUUACUUUUCAUGCACAAUAUAAUGCUACGAAUUCGACAGGUUGGUAUAUACAGUAGCGCAAAUUUGUAUAACGGAUUCCUUACAUUGACUGGAGUGAUAUUAUCUCACAUUUUAAUUUAUUCUCACUAUCCGUUUCCUGUAGGUAA